UCACAGGAGGGUGGGGCGUGUUUGCAGCAGGGGGACAGACAGACAGACGGGGAGCUGGUCGGAGCGAGAGACCCGGAUUCCUCCAGCAUCAGGAUGUUCUUUACGUGUGGCCCCAAUGAGGCCAUGGUGGUCUCGGGCUUCUGCCGCAGCCCCCCAGUGAUGGUGGCAGGGGGCCGGGUCUUCGUCCUCCCCUGCAUCCAGCAGAUCCAGAGGAUCUCCUUGAACACGCUGACCCUGAACGUGAAGAGUGAGAAGGUUUAUACCCGGCACGGGGUCCCCAUCUCUGUCACCGGCAUCGCCCAGGUGAAGAUACAGGGCCAGAACAAGGAGAUGCUGGCGGCUGCCUGCCAGAUGUUCCUCGGCAAGUCGGAGAGCGAGAUCACCCACAUCGCGCUGGAGACGCUGGAGGGGCAUCAGCGGGCCAUCAUGGCCCACAUGACUGUGGAGGAAAUCUACAAGGAUCGGAAGAAGUUCUCAGAGCAGGUUUUUAAAGUGGCCUCUUCAGACCUGGUCAACAUGGGCAUCAGCGUGGUGAGCUACACGCUCAAGGACAUUCACGAUGACCAGGAUUAUCUGCACUCGCUGGGGAAAGCCAGGACCGCCCAGGUGCAGAAAGACGCCCGGAUGGGGGAAGCUGAGGCCAAGAGAGACGCCGGCAUCAAGGAGGCCAAGGCGAAGCAGGAGAAGCUCUCUGCCCAGUACUUAAGCGAGAUCGAGAUGGCCAAGGCGCAGCGGGACUACGAGCUGAAGAAAGCCACCUACGAUAUCGAGGUGAACACCCGCAAGGCCGAGUCCGACCUGGCCUAUCAGCUGCAGGUGGCCAAGACCAAGCAGAAGAUCGAGGAGCAGAAGAUGCAGGUGCUGGUGGUGGAGCGGACCCAGCAGAUCCAGCUGCAGGAGCAGGAAAUCAUCCGCAAGGAGCACGAGCUGGAGGCCACGAUCAAGAAGCCGGCCGAGGCCGAGCGCUACCGGCUGGAGAAGCUGGCGGAGGCCCAGAGGUGCCAACUCAUCAUGCAGGCGGAGGCUGAAGCAGAGUCCCUGAGGGUGAAGGGGGAGGCGCAGGCGUUCGCCAUCGAAGCUAAGGCGCGGGCGGACGCCGAGCAGAUGGCCAAGAAGGCGGAGGCGUUCCAGCAGUACCAGGACGCCGCCAUGGUCGACAUGCUGCUGGAGAAGCUGCCCCAGGUGGCGGAGGAGAUCAGCAAGCCGCUGAGCGCGGUGAAGAAGAUCACCAUGGUGUCGAGUGGGAGCGAGGGCGUGGGCGCGGCCAAGAUGACUGGGGAGGUGCUGGAAAUCAUGAGCAAACUCCCGGACACUGUGGAGAAACUCACCGGCAUCAGCAUCUCCCAGGGGGUCCAGAGGCGUCCGUGACUCUGUUCUGCGAUCAGGGUUCCUGGGAGCGACGUGCUGACGCUGCUCCCCCUGUCGGUUUUGCCUCCUGCUCACAGAUGAGUCAGAAGAAGCCGGGGCGAAUGUCCUAGUCGCUGGAAGUCAGGGGGGCUCUGCCCUGAGCCGCGCAUGUCCCUGAGCCCCCCCCCCCCCCAUUCUCCUUGCUGUGUGUGCGUCUCAGGCCCCCCCUCAUGCUGGCUGCCCCCCGAAGGGGGGAAUGUGCAGGGCACCAGCCACUGAGCCCCGUGGGUCAAUGCCACCUCCCAUGUACCCUCGCCAGCCCCCCAACCUCUCCCCCUCCCUGAAGAGCUGGGGGGGGGUUUGCUCCCCCACCACCCUAACCUCGCCUGGACCUUGUAUUCCUGGGGGAUCAGCCCCACAGACCCACCCUCUCGCUCCGUCAUCUCUUCACAUCCAAGAUCAUCCUGAAGGAGAUGCUCCGUCACCUCCAGCUCUGGAACGGCGGGUACCAUGUCUUUAUUGUCAUUCAGGAGGUGCAGCUUUGAAGUCUGUUUUCUCAAGAGCCGCAGAGUGAGAAACAAACCCUUUAUACUGCAGGAAAGCUUGGGAUUUCCUCUUUUCAACGCCGCCAACCUCUUAAUUCUACUCCUAAUGCAGCCUGAGAUAUCUCCCCUUAAAGCCCCAUCGUUUUCAGAAGCCUCUGGCUUCCUUUUCCCUUGCACCAGCCCGCAUUUAGCAGCUCAUAUCUCUCUUUUGGCUAAAACCACAAGUAAAAGUCAGAUACCAUCUGAAAGCCGACAGCCCCAGCUUCGAAACAACACCUGCCGCACAUCUCUACUGUGCGGCGUUUGUAAGAUAUCAGCUGCUGAAGCCGGGUCAGAGAAGCAAGCCAAGAAGGUAAUCAGACUGAUGUGAAAUGUCAGGUCGGCCAGUUGAUGGCUGCCGGGAGCUCUGGAGUUUGGUAUUUCGUGGCCAGCCGGGGCUGUAAAUGCUUUAGAUGCUCCUCCGUAGCACCAGCUCCAGGUGUGGGUCAGGAAAAGACAGGAGUGAACCCCUUUUGGGGAGGGGAUGGGGCAUAGCCCCCAGCUUCCAGCAUUUGCAGCGUCUCUGGAUGUGGGGUAGACAUGGGGGGAGGAGAGCUGGGGUGGGAUGCAGCUGUAGGUAUCUCAUUGCCACUAAGGGGCACAGGAUGAAAGGGGGCAGAGGGGCUUUCAAGCCAUUGCCUCCGCUGCCGAAACUGAUUUUCACUCACUCACUGCGGCC